AUGGCUGUUCUUAACUUCACCCUUAGUGAGGAUGCCGUCGCUGCUUUCCGCGAUGUCUUGACCUGCAUGAACAAGUUCAGCGACGACGUCUCCCUCGAGGCCAAGAAAGACAAGUUGAUUCUUACCGCUCUCAACCAGUCCAAAUCAGCCUACUCCUGCUUCACCUUCGCCACCAACCGCUUCUGCUCCCGUUACCAGUUCGAAGGCAAUGCGCAGUACCGGGACAAGUUCUAUUGCACGCUUCACAUACGUUCUCUCGCCUCCAUCUUCCGCAGCCGCGUGGGCGGCGAUCCGCAACGCGACCGCGAGAAGGAAAGCACGAUCGACCGCUGUGAUGUUGCCGUUCAGGACGGCUCGGGCGUUAAGAGUAUGACAUCUACGCAUCGACUGCCCUUUGAGGUUGCGGUGCCAGUCCAUGCAAAGUUCGACAGUGACGAGGCCGUCCACCACUGGACCAUUCCUUCACGAACCCUGAGACAGCUAAUGGAACACUUCGGCCCCGGUGUUGAGCUGCUGGACAUCAACUCGGACGGCGAGCACGUCAACUUUACAUGCUUCACAGAGAAGACGACGACUGGAGAUGAGGUUCUAAAGAAGCCGCUACACACAUCGAUUGCGAUCGAAGUGGAUGAGUUUGAAGAUAUCGAAGUCGAAGACAAGCUCCGCAUCGUUGUCAGAGUCAAGGACUUCCGCGCAAUUAUCCAGCACGCAGGCAUCACCGGCAACCACCUCUCCGCCCGCUAUUCCAGCCCCGCCCGCCCCAUCCGAUUCACAUAUCCCGGCGACGGCAUCAGCUGCGAGUUCCUGCUGAUGACGGUCGGCGAGAGGGGGAAUCCGGCCCAGAAGACGAAGAAGGGCAAGGCCAACGCUGCUAACGCCGCCCCACGACAGCAGCUCGAGGCCGCGUCUAGAAGACACAGCGCCGCGCCGUCCGAGAUCCCGCAGCCCGUCGAACAGCCGCUAGCCCAGAGCAUGCCGCCUCCCCCGCCAGCGGCGUCUGCGGCCAAGAGUGCCGUUGCAGCGCGCACAUCACUGUUCGAUUUGCGGCCAUCCCAGCGACCGCCCCCUGCAACCAAUCGUUCCGAGGGCCUGUUCGUGGAUAAUGACUACGAAUGGGAGCCAGUUAGGGACGAAGAGGACGAGGAUGCGGAGGAGAAUGCUAGACUAGAGUGGGAUCAUAGUAACCAGCCCAAUGUGUCUGCAACACACCUGGGCCGCGCUGUCGCUGAACAGAAUAACGAAUUCGAACCAACUCAGGCGAGCAGCGUAGGUUUAGAGCCCACACAGCGUAUUUCCGAUGUCAGACGCCUUGGCUUGUUUUACCAGGGCCCGUGA